CACGGGGCAACCCCACGAGCCUUUCAAAACCCUCCCUAUAAAACACUGUUUCCACCUCCAUCUUUAGCAUGAGCUAGCAAUCUACACAACAAUGGCGCAUCCAGAAACAGGAGAUGUGCAGGCGAACCGUGCAAGGCGAUCAAGGCUCCUGAGAUGCAUCGCCAUCAUGGUGCUGGUAGCAAUAAUUGUAGUACUCGGUGUUGUAGUUCUCGUAAUAUGGCUUGUAAUCAGGCCUUCCCAAAUCGUGUAUACGGUCGAGGAUGGGUCAAUUGGUGGUUUCGAUUUGAGAGGUAACACCCUUAACGCUACGUUCAAGUUGAGCCUGGGAGCAUACAACCCCAACAGAAGAGUGGCUAUAUACUAUGAUUUGAUUGAUGUGGAUGUAUGGUUCGAGGAGCAAAUGAUCGCAUUCGGUGAUGUGCCGCCUUUCUUCCAACCGCACCGCAAUGUGGCCCAUUUGGCGGUGAAGGCUUUAGCCCAAUCAAUGCCACUUCGCGGGUACGUCUCUAGCGACCUUAGGCACCAAAGAUCAUCAGGGUACAUAAAGUUGGAGGUCCUGAUGAAAGCGAGAAUACAUUUCAAGGUUGGAGUGUGGAAGUCCAUGCAUUAUAAUCUAAGGGUUUCCUGUCCCUCUGUGGUUCUGCAUUUCCGCUCGUCCAACGGGUUCCAUAGAACAAACUGCGGCGUUCAUCUCUAGUCAUCUUUUAAACUUGUAUUGAUUUGUUGUUUAUUUAGAUUCAUGUUUUUUUU